AACAUAUAUGGUAUGUUCUGUGAGAUAACCUAUUUUAAUUUAUUGUUAUUAUGGAAUUGUUAUGAAUUGUCAAAACUAGAUUUAUAUCACGAUACACAUACAGAUGUAUCCGUAUCGUGAUUUUUAUAUUGGUUACUUUUAAGGAAACAAACAAUAUGAUUUUAAGAAACAAUGUUAUAUUUAAGAUCUAGGUAUUCCAAAAGGAAAUGUUUUUUCUAUUGUUUAUUUAUGUGUUUAACGGGAUGUAUUAUUUACAUGGAGAUUUUUUGCUACUAUUUCAAUACAUUUCAAUGGUAUGAUUUAAAGUGCAAGCAACGUGAUAGAUGUACUAAAAUUUUAUUGGUAGCAGAUCCCCAAAUUAUUGGAAAUAAUGAAGAAAUCUUACAUUAUAUUACACCUUUUAGUAUUUUCGAUAGUGACAGGUUUUUAAGGCAGACAUAUUUACAGGCUUAUAAUUUUGUUCAACCAGAUGUGGUUAUAUUUCUAGGAGAUUUAAUGGAUGAAGGACAUAGGGCUUCUAAUCAAGAGUUUCAUGAGUAUAUUAGAAGAUUAUUUAAUAUAUUUUUAGGUUCUUCAACUUCAACAAUAGUAAGGUAUAUAUGGUUACCUGGUGAUAAUGAUAUAGGAGGAGAGGAUAGUAAUAUAACACCGGAAAAAAUUAGGAGGUUCGAGCACGCUUUUUCCCAACCCAAUUUUAUUUCUUACAAAAAUCUCAAUUUUUUCAAAAUAAAUCGAUUGGUUUCAGAAAUUCCUGUUUACAAAAAGAAAAGAGAAUUUUUUGAUACAGAACACUUAUUUAUUGGCUUAAGUCAUGUGCCUCUAAUGUUUAAACCCUCAUUAUUCGUUGAUAAGGUGAUGAAAAAAAUGAGGCCUCAUCUAAUGUUUACCGCGCACGAACAUAAAAGUAUGAUAAUAAAUACAGACGCUCACCUAUCUCAAGAUUACCAAAUUUCACCUGUUACGCCUGAUAAUAAUAAAAUAUUCCAAUAUACAUUAGGUAUGAAAGAUACGUAUGAAAUAUUAAUUCCAACAGCAUCAUACCGCAUGGGAACCAAUAAAAUUGGAUACGGCUUUGCGGUUAUAGAAAAUAACGAUUUACAGUUCACCGUACUAUGGUCUCCGUCCAGAUUUUUACAUCUUAAAAUUUAUUUUUACAUUAUUCUUUGUAUAUUUGUUUAUAUUAUACUUUUAGUGUUAUUCAAAUGCGUAAGUUUAUCAAGAUGUACGAACAAAAUAUUUUAAUAUCUUCUACUAAUUAAAAUUAAUAAAAAAUAUAUAUUUCAAAACACCUCUGGUAUAGAUAAAUUGCAUAAUUUCGUUCAGAUAAUAUAAUUUAUUCUCGAAAAUGUUUUAAAUUGAAACUAUAAAAAUAAUAUUAAAAAAUAUUUCCAUCAAUUUCUUUUUGCAUUGCUCGUCAAAUUUUUUUUUUCAAGCUGACACCAAUAAGCCAAAAAUAUUUGUUAAAAUGUGUAUAAUAAUUUUAAUGUAUUUUUAAAGCUUGUUAAAUUUAUAAUAUAUAAAAUAAAAAGAUUACUUACUUA